AUGGAGAGGCACGAGCAGUACGAGCGCGUCUUCAGCCGCUUCGACUCGAACGGCGACUGCAGGAUCUGUCCGGCGGAGCUCCGGCGAUGCGUCGGCUCGAUCGGCGGCGAUAUGACGGCGGAGGAGGCGGAGGCCGCGGUGGCGCUGAUGGAUUCCGACGGGGACGGACUCCUCUGCCUGGAGGACUUUCUCAGGAUUGUGGAAGGCGCGGGGGAUGAGGAAAAGGCGCGAGAUCUGAAGGCGGCGUUCCAAAUGUAUGUGCAGGAGGGAGGCGCGUGCAUUACACCCAAGAGCCUGAGGAGGAUGCUGAGCAGGCUGGGGGAGAGGAAGAGCGUGGGCGAGUGCAGGAAUAUGAUUGCUCAAUUUGAUCUCGACGGCGAUGGGGUUCUCAGCUUCGAUGAAUUCAGGCUCAUGAUGUCUUAG